UAGAGUCAGAGUGGUCACUAAAUCAAGGCCUCGGCAGCCAUCCCAAGAAAAGCAAAAGGCCCAGCUCCGUCGUAGAACCAAAAUCGCCGAAUUUCAUCAAAAGCAGAUUAAAUUUCAAAUUUUGAAGCCAUUUACAUUAGUCUUCUUCCUUCUCGAGACGCACCAAAAAAGAAAGGGGCAAAUAAUGGCGCUUUCGGCUAUUGUCUUGGUCACCAUUACUUCUCUGCAUCUCAUCGCCUUCGUCCUCGCUGUCGGCGCCGAGCGCCGCCGCAGCACCGCUAAGGUUGUGCCGGAUGAGUACGAUGAGUACACGUACUGCGUGUACGGCACCGACGCAUCGACGGUGUACGGACUAUCGGCGUUCGGUUUGCUUCUGAUAAGCCAGGCGGUGGUUAACGGCGUUACUAGAUGUUUCUGCUGUGGGAAGGGUUUAAUUAGUGGAAAAGCCACCACUGUCGCCAUUUUCUUCUUCGUCUUUUCCUGGAUCAGCUUUGUGGGAGCAGAGAUUGGACUGUUGGCCGGAUCUGCGAGGAAUGCGUACCACACAAAGUACAGAGCGGCGAUUGGCGGCGAAGAUUUGUCGUGUGCAACCCUCCGGAAGGGGGUGUUCGCCGGCGCCGGGGCGAUGACAGUACUGUCGAUGGUGGGUUCGAUAUUAUACUAUUGGGCGCAUUCGAAAGCUGACACUGGAGGGUGGCAGAAACAGCAGAAUGAAGGCGGGGUGGGCUUGGCGGCGCCUGUUCAUGAUCUCAAACAAAAUGCUCAUAUUGACAAGGCGUAGUGUGUUUGGGCUUGGAUUCGGCUUCGGCUUGUGAGAUUAUUAUAAUAUUGGAAAAGUAUUUGUUUUUAGUGAAAGAAGGAGAACAAAGUGUAAGCCACUCGCAUCAAUCAUCAACCAACCUUUUCUUUUCUUUUGCUUUCUUUA